AUGUCGGCUGCAAUUGAUGAACAAACGCUUCCCUCGUAUUACUACUAUGUGGAUCCCGAAGUUACAUAUCAGGCUUCUAGACCCAAUCCGUUGGAAGAUCUGAUAUCUGCAUACGGUUUACAGGAUCUAUCUCACCAAGUGGCGAGGGCCAAUUCUGAUGGUUCAAAAGCUAUCAAACUGAGGAAAUCGUACAAGAAUCAAAUAUCGGAGUUGUCUGGUAAGUUCGGUACCAUACCGACGAGGGAAAAUGGUAAAGGUGGUGAGGUAGCACAUAUUUUGUUUCAGAAUAACCCUGAUAUGAUGAACCAAGUACGCAAAGAGUCUGGGAUGACUCCUGAAGAGUAUCAUACAGCGAUGAUCAAUCGUGACGCAUCGUUAUUUGAACCUCCUAAUUUGGAUUGGAAUAUGUGUCGUUCUGUUCUAUCUCAAUUUGAAAGAUCAUACCCCACAGAGUUUCAGAAUCAACCAGGUUUCCAAGUUGAGGACCUGGCGUUUGAUUUGGACGGAACGGGUAAAGUCAAUGCGAAGAAGAGGAAAGUGAAAUCAAAUGGUAGUUCCAUGGCUACGCCUAAUAGUGAUAUGCAAGAGGAUGUCAAGCGUAGAAGGUUGGAAUGA